GCAAGCUGCACAGGCGAACGCGAGCUGUGCAGGUCUUCGCAAUGCCAGUCGGAUUUUAAAGCACCCGGUUCACCCUGUAAAAAGGAAGGAAUAGGACAUAUUUAAAUAUCCCCUUUCCCACUCAAACCACAGACUAUCUGGCUGAUACGGACUGGAGAAAGAUAGAAGCAUCGCUAAAUUGGAGUAAAGCGCGUCCUCCGGUGCAGCGCAGAUUUAAGAGGAUUGCUGUAUCCCAAUAACUGCAACGCCGCGUGAAGUGUGUUUAGACGGGAAACAUGUCAUUGUCUGGGAAAGAAAAUAGCACUACCCCUCAUGCCAAUUACGUGGGACCAUACCGCUUAGAAAAGACCCUCGGGAAAGGACAGACAGGUCUUGUAAAGCUUGGGGUCCAUUGUGUCACAUGUCAGAAAGUUGCCAUAAAGAUUGUAAACCGAGAAAAGCUCAGCGAGUCCGUCUUAAUGAAGGUGGAACGAGAGAUUGCCAUCUUGAAGCUAAUAGAACACCCUCAUGUAUUAAAGCUACACGACGUCUAUGAAAAUAAGAAAUAUUUGUAUUUGGUUUUAGAGCAUGUGUCAGGCGGAGAGCUAUUUGACUAUCUGGUAAAGAAGGGCCGGUUAACACCCAAAGAAGCUCGAAAGUUCUUCAGACAGAUCAUCUCAGCCUUGGACUUCUGCCACAGUCACUCAAUAUGUCAUAGAGACCUGAAGCCAGAGAACCUGUUGCUGGAUGAGAAAAAUAACAUUAGGAUAGCAGACUUCGGCAUGGCGUCCCUACAGGUGGGGGACAGUCUGCUGGAAACUAGCUGUGGAUCUCCUCAUUACGCAUGUCCUGAAGUAAUCCGGGGAGAAAAGUAUGAUGGAAGGAAAGCAGACGUUUGGAGCUGUGGGGUCAUUUUGUUUGCUCUGUUGGUGGGAGCUCUGCCAUUUGAUGACGAUAACUUACGAAACUUAUUAGAAAAAGUAAAGCUGGGCGUGUUUCAUAUGCCCCAUUUUAUUCCGCCAGAAUGCCAAAAUCUAUUAAGAGGAAUGAUCGAAGUCGAUUCUGGAAAACGGUUAACGUUAGAGCUGAUCCAGAGGCACAUGUGGUACAUAGGGGGCAAGAAUGAACCGGAACCGGAGCAGCCGGUACCCAGGAAGGUGGCGAUCCGCAGUGUUCCCUCAUCUGAGGACAUCGACCCAGAUGUUCUGGAGAGCAUGCACUCACUAGGGUGCUUCCGUGACAAGAACAAGCUGAUGAAGGACCUGCUAUCAGAUGAUGAAAAUCAGGAGAAAAUGAUCUAUUUUCUGCUGUUGGAUCGUAAGGAGAGAUACCCCAGCCAAGAAGACCAGAAUCUCCCUCCUCGCAAUGAUAUAGAUCCACCACGGAAACGCGUAGACUCACCAAUGCUGAACAGGCAUGGGAAGAGAAGACCAGAGAGAAAGUCUAUGGAAGUGUUGAGUGUUACAGAUGGAGGUUCACCUGUACCAGCAAGAAGAGCCAUUGACAUGACACAGCAUGGACAGAGGUCACGGUCCAUCAGCGGCGCAUCCUCUGGUCUCUCCACCAGUCCUCUCAGCAGUCCACGGGUGACCCCACACCCUUCUCCAAGGAGCAGCCCUAUUCCCACCCCGAAAGGAACACCCGUCCACACGCCGAAGAACAGUCCGGCAGGGACACCGACUCCUACACCACCACCGAGCCCCUCCAUUGGGGGAAUGCCCUGGAAGACACGACUCAACUCCAUCAAGAACAGCUUUCUAGGCUCGCCACGCUUUCACCGGAGGAAACUGCAAGUUCCCACUCAAGAGGAAAUGUCCAGCCUAACGCCAGAGUCUUCCCCAGAACUUGCCAAAAAAUCUUGGUUUGGUAACUUCAUCAACCUAGAGAAAGAGGAACAAAUCUUUGUGGUUAUUAAGGACAAGCCACUGAGCUCUAUAAAAGCCGACAUUGUCCAUGCCUUUCUCUCGAUACCCAGCCUCAGCCACAGCGUCAUCUCGCAGACAAGUUUUCGGGCCGAGUAUAAAUCCACCGCUGGUCCCACUGUCUUCCAAAAGCCUGUUAAGUUCCAGGUGGACAUCACUUACACUGAGAGCACUGCGGCCACCAAGGAGAACGGCAUCUAUUCAGUCACCUUCACUCUGCUCUCAGGUCCAAGUCGGCGAUUUAAGCGGGUGGUUGAGACGAUUCAGGCGCAGUUGUUAAGCACACAUGACCAGCCAGGGGUCCAGCAGCUGUCUGGAAUUAUCCAGAAAACAUAUUAAAGCUCCACUCCCACUUCCCUGCACAUCCUGUGACGGACAUUUAUUGACAGAUGGCACUUUUCACGAUGAACAAGCAGGUUACCAAGGAGAUGGAUGCUUCAUACUUCGUCAUACUCUUCCCUUCCUAUUCUCCGGUCUAUCCAUGCUCGACAAGGACAACAAAUACAAAUAUGCCGGCUUGUUUUUUUGCUAAACCACCUCUGUGCUCCCUUGUCAUCAUCUCAGCACCUUAACCUGUUAAAAUGGUUGACCAAACCGGCUGCACCAACAGACUCUGUUCCAAAACUUAUUGAGCUGCCAUUUAUACAGUAUAUACCUCACUUUGAUCAAAGAACAUCCCUUAAAUACAACCCAACAAACAUCAAAUAGUCCUGGCAAGAUGGUGGACAUCUACUUGAAUAGGCCAAUAUUUGUAUAUUAUGUAUUUUUCUUUAAGGUAUGGGGCUGUUAGCAUUAGCAACAUGCUAACUGCAAAUGGUGUUGAAAAUUAUCUGUGUUUGUUAGCUUAGCAACAUGCUAAAAUGCACUUGGAUUCAGUUGAAAAUGGAGCCAUUUUAUGGUUAGCUUAGCAGUACGCUGUCGCCAACCCGUAUUUUGUUUAUUAACUGUUAAAUAUUUAAUUAAUUGAGAAUCAAGUCUCUACUGCACAUAAUGUGAGGAGUGCAGCUCGCCAUACAGAUCUAUAAUAAUGAAUGUUUUAACUCAAGAUUUUUUUUAUUUCUUUAGUAUUUUAGAAUUUCUUUAGUAAAUGUAGUUUUGUUUUAUAAUUUGUAAGAAAUUGAACAAUAAUUCAACAGCUCACCAGGUUUGGAACAGAUUCACACUCAAAAUGCCACAUGUUUUUUGCACUCCGACUCAUUAAAACCAUAAAGAAAAAUUAUACCAUAAACUGGGAAGGAAAAGAUGGAUUUUAUUUGUUUCAAACUGUGUUGUUUCCAUUUGUGCUCAGCUUUAUUAUAAUUUUUUUUCGACUUUAAUUGUUUGAAGAACGUCACCUGAUCUAAAAUCAUUGCCUCAAAAGGACUGAAACAUUGAUUUGAGUGGUUUGGGGACUUUGAAUGGGAUGGGAUGAAGUAGGGGGAAUAAUAUUGAAUGAAUUCAUCAUAAUGAAUGAAUCUCUGUUGUACAGAUUGAACAUAAUUAUGUACAAAUAAAAUAUCUAGACGUGACACUAGAUUUAGUUCUGUUGUAGAUUCCAAUUUGAAAUCUUGUGUCUUUAUUUAAUUAUUAUUUAACCCUACUAUUUCUGUAUGUAUUAUGCGAUGGAACAAUGUGUUUCAUUUGUAAGACACUGACAUACGGUGUUUAAUUUGUUUUAUUUUUCUCUCUUUUUUUUGUGAUGAUUUCUCAUGUUCGCUACCAGCAGGUACAAAAGAAAUGUUUAAUACAUAGUGGAUAUUUUUGUAUGUUUUCCUUCCAUUUCGUCUCAGUCCUUAUUUAUUACUAUACCAGAAUUUGAAUGUUAUUUAUUUAUGACAAUAAUGUGAUUGUUUGUAUCAGGGCAACACAGUUUUGUUUGUUUAAAGAGGCUUUCUUAUGUCUUCUUGAUUUGUAAAAGUACUGUGGACUUUGCAAAUCUUACUUUCCUAGCUUCAAAGUGAACAAAAUAGUAUGUAAAAAGGAAGCAACCACAAAAAGCUAAUUUAACAGUCAUUUAUGAAUGUAGUUUAGCCUCUAUGGGAAGAACAUUAAGUUCUUAAUAUCAAUGUCAGCUCCAUAUCAUUGUGUGUGUACAGUGAAUGAUACGAAAAGCUGUUCUUGGAUCACUUCUACUGUAAAUAUAAUGCUAUGGCCUGCAGGAAACUUGAAGGCCAUUCCUGCUCUUUGCUUUUGACUUGUAUCGCUGUAUGCAUGCAUGCAUUUUCUUUGCAUGGCUUUGACGUAACAAUCCUCAGAAAUCAUGCUGUUUUCUCAGAACUGCUUUCCUUGCAUUGUUUAUGUUGGGAGGUGGGGGGGUUGUAUUCCUUUUUUCACACAGUUUUUAACCUCUGUUAGUCUUUCUGCAAUUUUUUUUGUUCUGUUUCUGUUUUCCUAUCAUGUUUUGUAAUAUGUGCGCUAUAAGCGAGUGGUUUGCUUUCGCUCGCUUUGCAGUGUCUGAGUGUUAUCUGUUUAGAAAAAAAAGCUUCCUUUAUUGUCUGUAUACCUCGAACGGGAAAGUUUUGGAUGUUCACACCCCCUGUUUACAACCAGCUUGUUUAAAUGAAACAACAAUGAAGCAAUACCUGUUGUUAACGUUCCUAUUUUAUACAGUUAAUAAACUUCAGUAAAAAAAAAAAAAAAAAAACGAAUCUAUUCUCCAUGCAGAGCAGGAACAUGCAUUUAAAGUUGUAAAAAUCCCCAUGUAUCAUAAAUGUGAGCAAUUUCAGAGAGA